GCAUUGUGGGCAAUGUAGUCUAGAGGCCGCGACUGGUUCGUAGGUUUUGAGUGAGGCUGCGGGAAGGGAACGAGGGGAGAGCGGCGGUGAGACAGGGGAGACGAGGGACUUGAAGACUAGGAGGGAAGAAACAGCUAGGAGUAAGGAUGACUUCUCGGGCCACAGAUAGUGAAUCUGACCUGACAGAUAUUGAAGAGUAUGCUGAAAAUUCUGCACUUCCAAGACUGAAUAAUAAAAAAGCCAAAGGAAGAGUGAGUUAUGUGACAUCCACAGAAAAUGAAUCUGAUAAACAAAUCCUAACAUUUAGGCACAUUACAAAAGCUCAGGAGAAGACAAGAAAACGACAGCAGCCUGUAAAACUACCGCCUUUGCCAGUGCUAAAAGUCUACCAAGAUCAUAAGCAGCCAGAAUACAUACAUGAACAGAACCGACUUACGGUAAUGACUGCCGGACUCCUUAAACGCCCAGUAAGCAUAGCAGAAAAAAGUUUUGUCACAUCAUCUACUCAGAUUCUUGAGCAUCAAGAUGCUGUGAAAAAAAUGCAGAUUCAUCAGCCCUAUGUUGAGGUGUUCUCUCCCUCUCCUCCUAAACUGCCAUGUAGCGGUACUGAAAAAAGAGAUGUCUUCAGGACUAGGUCUUUAUCUUACCCUAAGUACACUUUCCACGACCGAGAAGAAGUUGUUAAAGCCAACAUUCGGGAUCCCUUGGAAAUCAUUAAAAUAAUACGUGAAAAUGAACAUCUUGGAUUUCUUUAUGUGAUCCCUGCAGUGCCAAGAUCAUCCAUUGAAUAUGAUACAUAUAAUCUAAAAGUUGUAAGUUAUGAGAACAUCAAUAAAAAUGACUACUAUACUAUUAGCCAAAGGGCAGUAACACACAUUUAUAAUGAAGACGCUGAAUUUAUAGAAAUUGAUCGAUGGGAACAGGAAUAUCUAUAUCACAGAGAACUCACUAAGAUUCCCAUAUUUUCACUGUUCCGGAAAUGGAAGGCUUUUAGUGUGUGGAGGAAGAAUGUCCGCUCCAAGAAAAUCACCGGAUGUCGAAAAUCUCUACAAAAAAACUUGUUCAUUGUUAAUCCUCAUUUGCAACCAGCUCUUCUUAAAAUAAAUGAAUUGUGUUAUUAUUUGAGUUUUAUGGGACUUUGUUAUAUUGAAAAGUGUCACACGUACACCCUGCAGGAAUUUAAGGCCGCACAAGUCAUAUGGCUAGCAGAGGUGACAGAACGCCUGGGAGAAUUUCGAAACGAGGCAAAAUAUGUAGUCAGGAAGGCUUGUCGAUUUGCUUUGCGUGCUGCAGGAUUUGUUCCUGAUGACUGUCCUUUUGGACCUUUUGAGGGUAUGAAGGGGAAAGAACCUCAAUAUAUCAGAGAUUAUCAUAAAAUGCAGAGCAGUAUAAGUUUCAUUAAUACGCCAUAUGAGUUGCCCACUUAUGGAGACUCUGAGAAAAUGACGUAUACAGAGCAGGCCAGCAAAAGGCAUCAUUGCAUGAGGCUGACGUGCUUUAUUCGUCUAAACGACUAUCUAAUUGAGAACAUAUUGCAUGUCUUAACCGUAAAUGCUGUUAAUUCGCUUUUGAACCAUCUCACUGACAAGCUAAAACGAACACCUUCAGCAGAUGUCAUUCAGAAAUGGAUUACUGAAGAGAAGCCUGAAGUCCCUGAUAAAAAGGGGACCCUUGUGAUGGAAAAGCAAGAAGAAGAUGAAUCUCUCAUCCCUAUGUUUCUCACAGAACUAAUGUUGACGGUCCAGUCACUUCUCUUUGAGCCUUCUCUGGAAGACUUUCUGGAUGGUAUUUUGGGUGCAGUUAAUCAUUGUCAAAACACUGUGUUAUCAGUUCCUAAUCUCGUGCCUGAUUCGUAUUUUGAUGCUUUCACCAGCCCUUAUAUUAACAACAAACUUGAAGAAAAAACCUGUGGAACUGGGCCAAGUUUAGCAGCAGUAUUCGAGGAUGAUAAGAAUUUUCACACAGUUAUUUCUCAAAUAAAGGAAACCAUUCAGGCAGCAUUUGAAUCGGCCCGCCUCUACGCAGCUACCUUUGAAAAGUUCCAGAUAUUCUUCAAGGAAAAUGAAAGUCUUGAUUUACAAGCUCUUAAACUUCAGGAACCUGAUAUUAACUUUUUUAGUGAACAACUGGAAAAAUACCACAAACAGCACAAGGACGCAGUAGCUCUCAGACCCACCAGAAAUGUAGGAUUGCUGCUCGUUGACACUAGGCUGCUAAGAGAAAAAUUAAUUCCAUCACCUUUGCGAUGCUUAGAGGUGCUAAAUUUUAUGCUUCCUCGUCAAAGCAAGAAAAAAGUGGAUGCCAUUAUCUUUGAGGCACAAGAUGCAGAGUAUAAACUUGAGUUUGUUCCAACUACUACCACAGAAUAUGUUCAUAGCCUAUUAUUUCUUGAUGAAAUUCAGGAACGGAUUGAAAGCCUUGAAGAUGAAGGAAAUAUAGUGACUCAAAUGUACAAGCUUAUUGAACAAUAUCAGGUGCCCACACCUCCUGAAGACUUUGCCGUUUUUGCAACUAUGAAGCCAUCCAUUGUUGCUGUUCGGAAUGCCAUUGAUAAAUCAGUGGGUGAUAGAGAAUCAACCAUUAAGCAAUUUUGUGUGCAUUUGGGUAGUGAUCUUGAAGAAUUAAACAACGAAGUGAAUGAAGUAAAGCUGCAAGCGCAGGAUCCGCAGAUUCUAGAUAUCUCUGCCGACCAAGACAAAAUAAGGCUCAUAUUGAAUAAUCUGCAAUCUGUUCUGGCUGAUCUUCAGAAACGUGCAUUUCAGUAUAAGUCCUAUCAGAAGAAAUUUAAGGUAGAAGUGUCCAAGUUUGAAGCUUUGGAAGAAGUCAGUGCUGAACUGAAGCUCAAACAAUUGCUCUGGGAUUCUUUCUCUGAAUGGGAUAAACUCCAACAAGAGUGGUUAAAGUCCAAAUUUGAUUGCCUGGAUCCAGAAGUCCUAAAUGGUCAAGUUUCUAAAUAUGCUAAAUUUGUGACUCAACUGGAAAAAGGCUUGCCACCCAACAGUGUAGUGCCCCAGCUCAAAUACAAGGUGGAAAAAAUGAAAGAGAAGCUUCCGGUUAUCAUUGACUUGAGAAACCCGACUUUGAAGGCAAGACAUUGGGCAGCUAUUGAACAAACAGUUGAUGCCACUCUAGUGGAUGCUGAAAUUCCAUUAACCUUGGAGAGGCUCUCCGAGUUGCAUGUUUUUGACUUUGGUCAAGAAAUCCAGGACAUAUCUGGACAGGCUUCUGGAGAAGCUGCCUUAGAAGCAAUUCUUAAAAAGGUGGAGGACUCUUGGAAAAGAAAUGAAUUUGUCAUUCUGCCUCACCGUGACUCCAAAGAUGUGUUUAUACUGGGCGGCACAGAUGACAUACAGGUCCUUCUUGAUGAAAGCAUCAUCAAUGUUGCAACCCUUGCCUCAUCACGUUACAUUGGUCCACUGAAAACUCGAGUGGAUAAAUGGCAAAAACAACUUGCUUUAUUUAAUCAAACACUGGAAGAGUGGCUGACCUGCCAAAAAAACUGGCUCUACCUAGAAAGUAUUUUCAGUGCUCCAGAUAUUCAGAGGCAAUUGCCUGCAGAGGCCAAGAUGUUCCUUCAGGUGGACAAGUCAUGGAAAGAAAUCAUGAGAAAGGUGAAUCGGCUGCCUAAUGCUCUUCGAGCCGCUACUCAGCCAGGACUUCUGGAAACUUUUCAAAACAAUAAUGCAUUACUUGACCAAAUUCAGAAGUGCCUAGAGGCAUACUUAGAAUCAAAAAGAGUUAUCUUUCCAAGGUUUUACUUCUUGUCGAAUGAUGAACUUCUGGAGAUUUUGGCCCAGACACGAAAUCCACAGGCUGUGCAGCCACACUUAAGGAAAUGCUUCGACUCCAUUUCAAAGCUUGAAUUUGCUCUCAUGCCUCCUGCUGAAGGAAAGAUUCCUGGUAUUGAUGGAGAACCAGAAAAGGGUUAUUCUCGCUCUAAGCAUACAGGUACUCUGUUGGCUCAGCAAUUUCGAGGAUAA